AUGGCAGCUGCCUGGCUCGCCGGCGGAGCGCCCUCCGAGCAGAGCGCCAUGUCCUCGCUCGUGGAAGCCCUGGGCCGGAGGCUCGGCUCCGCGAGCUGCGGGGCCGAGGAGGUGCUAAUCUGCGAGGUGGGCGGCGAGGGGUUCCUGGCGAUGCCCUGGUUCGGGGACGGCGAGCAGAGGCUCUGGAGGCCUCUCCGAGGAUUCCUCUACCUGAUGGGCCUGGGGUGGUGCUUCAUGGGAGUGGCGCUGGCCGCCGACGUCUUCAUGGGUGCAAUCGAACACAUCACCUCCAAGAAGAAGCGGACAUUCAGCACCGCGACCCAGCGAUUCGUGACCACCGAGGUGUGGAACCCCACGGUGGCCAACCUCACGCUGAUGGCCCUGGGCUCCUCCGCCCCCGAGAUCCUCCUGAGCGCGAUCGAGCUCUUCGGCAAAGAGUUCUACGCGGGGGACUUGGGACCUUCUACUAUCGUGGGUAGCGCCGCCCUCAACCUAUUCCUUAUCAUCGCGGUCUGCGUCAGCGCAAUCGAGGGCGGCGAAGUGCGCUACAUAAAGCAGACCAACGUGUACUGCGUCACGGCCUCGUGGUCCAUCCUGGCGUACUUCUGGCUCAUCGUUGUGCUGCUCAUCUGGUCGCCGCACGUGGUAGAGCCGCUAGAGGGCAUUAUCACUUUCAUGUUUUUCCCACUGCUGAUCGUCUUCGCGUAUGCGGCCGACAGGGGCACCUUCUCCCGCAAAGCGGAUGACGGUGACGGUUCGCGGAUAGUGGCCGCAGAGCUGACCAAGGAGGAGCUGGCGGAGCUGACCCACCAGGUCCGCGCCAUACACGGGGAGCUGAAGGAGGAGCAGCUGAUAAAGAUCAUCAACUGCGAGUGCCAGGAGCCGACCAGUCGCGCGAAGUACCGCGCGGCGGCCAUCCGCAACAUGACCGGCGGCAAGAAGGUGACCGUGUCGGACGCCAACAUCGAGCGGGUGGCCAGGGAGUCCACGAUGGAGGCUGGUGUCAGCAAGUCCAAGAGCGUGCGCUCCGGCGCCGCACAGCGCGCGUCUGCCCGGGUGUCGCGGCUGAAGAUGUUCGAGCUCAGAGGUUGGAGGUUCGAGGUCAACCCUGAGCCAGGUGCCAGCCGCCCUCUGGCCGCAGACGCGAGGGCCUCGGACGAGGCUGCCGCAGAGUCUCGCAAGAGACGCCGGGAGGACAGGGAGGAGCCGGACCACGAGAGCGCCCCGGAACCCGCGAGGAAGAGCCGGAGGAUACCAGAGGAGGAGGAGCCGCAGGGUCGCUGCGGGGGCCCGCGCGGCGCCCGCGCGGGUCCGGGCGGAGAGGCGCCCGUGCAGGAGGGUGCUCCAACUCGACCCCGGGGCUGCCCGAGAGGUUCUUGCCGGGCCUGGUGCAGCGGAUCUCCCGCUUCUGCGAGAGGGAAGAUCUGA